AGAGAGAGAGAGAGAGAGAGAGAGAGAGGCCGUCUAGAGAGAGAGAGAGAGAGAGGGCGCGAGCGGGACUGACUGGCAGUUUUUUCUGGACUUCAUCGUCCCUUUAACGAUAAAGUUGGGACUUAGGAGUUAAACACUUCGGAGAAGAAGGAUUUAAAACCAGACACAACAAAAGCUAAACACCACCAACCAAAUCCAAAACCGAAACCUCAAUUAACCCAAAAAAUUAAGAAAGAAACUCCCAACAACUCAGGCGUGUUGUCGUCCAAAGCCAUGGCGUCCCAAGACGAACGCAACAGACCGCUCUUACUCUCCUCAUCCGACGACGACGAAGCGGCGUACGAGGCGAGCGAGAAGGUCCUGAUCAUCGGAUCCGACGACGAACGGGACGGCGCCUCCUCCUCGUUGGCGUCGGCGGCGGCGUCGGCGGGAGAAACGCCGCCGUUUUCGUGGAAAAAGCUGUGGCUGUUCACGGGGCCGGGGUUCCUGAUGAGCAUAGCGUUUCUGGAUCCGGGGAACCUGGAGGGCGAUCUGCAGGCGGGGGCGAUCGCGGGGUACUCGCUGCUGUGGCUGCUCAUGUGGGCCACCGCCAUGGGGUUGCUCGUCCAGCUCCUGGCAGCGCGGCUCGGCGUCGCGACGGGGCGGCACUUGUCGGAGCUCUGUCGGGAGGAGUACCCUAGGUGGGCCUCCAUGGUGCUGUGGGUCAUGGCUGAGCUGGCACUCAUUGGGGCUGAUAUUCAGGAGGUCAUUGGAAGUGCCAUUGCCAUUAAGAUUCUGAGUAAUGGGGCUUUGCCUCUCUGGUCUGGGGUCAUUAUCACCGCUUUGGAUUGUUUUAUCUUUCUGUUUCUGGAGAAUUACGGUGUGAGGAAAUUAGAAGCAGUUUUUGCGGUUCUCAUCGCGACAAUGGCGCUCUCAUUCGCUUGGAUGUUUGGAGAAACUAAGCCGAGCGGCACAGAACUUCUUCUAGGUGUUUUGAUUCCAAAGCUUAGCUCCAAAACCAUAAAGCAGGCUGUUGGAGUUGUAGGCUGCAUCAUUAUGCCUCACAAUGUGUUUCUGCAUUCUGCUCUUGUACAGUCAAGAGAGAUUGAUCACACCAAGAAAGGAAGAGUCCAAGAAGCUCUAAAUUACUAUAGCAUCGAGUCCACUGUCGCCCUUGUAGUUUCCUUCAUUAUCAAUCUAUUCGUGACGACGGUUUUCGCUAAAGGGUUUUAUGGUACAGAACUUGCCAAUAGUAUUGGCCUUGUAAAUGCAGGACAAUAUCUUCAAGAAAAGUAUGGAGGAGGAUUGUUUCCGAUUUUGUACAUCUGGGGUAUUGGGUUAUUAGCCGCCGGUCAGAGCAGCACUAUUACCGGCACUUACGCCGGGCAGUUUAUCAUGGGGGGUUUUCUGAAUUUGAGGUUGAAGAAAUGGCUGAGGGCGUUGAUUACUCGAAGUUUCGCAAUUGUUCCAACAAUGGUAGUUGCUCUUACCUUUGAUACCUCAGAGGAGACACUAGAUGAACUAAAUGAGUGGCUUAAUGUGCUCCAGUCAGUUCAGAUUCCUUUUGCCCUUAUUCCUUUGCUCUACUUAGUUUCAAAGGAGCAAAUCAUGGGGACUUUCAGGAUUGGCCUUGUCCUUAAGACAGUGUCAUGGACUGUGGCUGCCCUGGUGAUACUUAUCAACGGCUAUCUUUUGCUCGAUUUCUUCUCAUCCGAAGUGGCCGGAGUGUUUUUCGGCACCAUUGUGUGCACUUUUACCGCCGCGUAUGUCGCAUUCAUCGUUUACCUCAUCUCCCGAGGCCUUUCCUUUUCAUGUUGGAGUGGCCUUCUGCAAUCCAAGAGGAUCACAGACACAGGAAACUGAGUGAACAGCUCAAACCAGUUUCAGUAACCUGACUAUAAUAACAAUCAAAUGGCUGAAGGGCUUGUGAACUAAAGAUUCUCGGAGCUUUUUUCUGAUUCAACAUUCAGCCUCUCAGUUAAGCAUACAGCUUCAAAUUGCUUUUGGUUGUAGGGAUUUGAGAGUAGUGGAUCGAAUCUCGAUGAUGUUUCGCUUUCUGUAUGGUAGAGUUGGUUUUAUAGUUUUUCUUCUGAUGUAUUUGUAUAUGGAGCAGAAAAAGGCAGACUAGGAUACAAUCUCAACAUGCAGUUGAAAAAUUCCAUUGGCAUAAUUAUGAAGUGGGAUUUUCUUUCCCAUCUUUCACUCCAAUAUGAAGUGGUGUGAUUUCUUCACAACAUUAUAGCAAUAUUUAUGCAUUUGUGAUUGACGUGGAA